GUCUUUUGCAUUUGUGUCUCUGCACCGAAGGAUAAAACUAUUACAACAGACUUUAGCUUAAAGAAAUUAACUUUUAAAAUGUGAUAUAUAAAUAUAUUAAAAUGAUUUUGAUAAAAUUCUAGAUGCCAGAGACAGCAGGUUCACUACCAGCACCUGGCUCUCUCUCUCUCUCUCUCUCUCUCUCUGUGGAUGGGAUGUAUAAGUUCACUCUACCUGUGCGAGGGUUUCCUUCCACAGUCAAAGGAAACGCACAUGCUGACACCCUAGGAGAUGCACACGGCUCACUGUACCCUGUGCCUCAAUGAACCGGCAAUGAGAAUGAAUGGAUAGCCUAGAAUCCACAUGGCUCAUGCUAUUAUACUGCACUGACCCUGCUGAGCUCAGCUGCUGUUACUGUAUGUGUUGGGGGGUUUCCUGCCUCUCCCUGGAAUGUCUGGGGGGGCCGGAUGCUGGGCAUUCUUUUGGUUGGCGUAGGAGUAGGGGCUGUGGGGGGCGAUUAAACUAUGACCCUUAACAAGAAAUUUUGCUAAUGUUCACUUCUCUUUUCACAGUCCUUUCAUUUAUGCUUCCGGGAGUCUUGCGUCCCAUCGCCACGCUGCUACAAUCACCUGUCCUUCCAGUUGUAACUUGCUUUUUCUCUCCUGGAUGAUCUCCGUAAAACACCAAGGAUGGAAAAGUGAACCAAUAACCUGAGAAAACCUAAAUAACCUAAAAGGAGUCAGAGCCUUACUUCCUCUCCAUUGGGCUGAUAUUCAAAACAUCAGAACAACAACGCUAAAUUUCGCAAAGCACCAUGCCGGCGGAGUCACUGGAUGCUCCUGCAGCACGUGAACUGGACCGAUACGGCAUGGCACUGCCCUGAUACGGCAUGGCACUGCAUGGUACGCUGAUCCCCCAUUUACAUGUGAGUCUCAUCAUCUGUGACUCGUUUGCACGCCCAGGGAGCAGCGUCGCGAGCGGCCCGCUCAACAGAAGCAGCGUGGCUUCCUUACAGGAGCCUCCACCCACAGGCCCGGUGCUUUCUACAGCUGUGCAGCUCGGCACGGAAGUCUGACUCUCACGGUCGCUGCCAAAGGCUUUUGUGGACAAACAUUACAGUACCUCACGGUGCAGCCACUGGCCUGUCUGGUUUGCCAGCAGCAUGUUUCUUUCUCCUGCCCAUCAUACUUGUGGAUAUAUAUGUACCCUUGCCAUGUUCCUUUGCUGGUUAUUGUUGAGGUGCUUCUGUUACCAGUAAGUGUAGUGUUUGUUUGUGAGUGUACAUUUGACAUGCAUUUUGGGUUGCAUGCAUUACCUGAGUGUGACUCUCUCUCUCUUCUAAUUCUAGCCUCAGUUAGUCACCUGCCUUUGUUAGACCCCUCAUGGUUCCCUUUGUUUCUGUUAUUUCUGAAUUUAAUUUGUAAUAAAAAUCUCUUGUUGUCAGUAAGCUGCACUGGGAUUGUCCUUGACCCAGCCCAGUCAUUACAAUACAUAGUCUUCCCCAAGGAGAGGUUGAGCACAGCUAAAAUACAGAGUAUGGAAAUAGUUUCAAGCAUAAACACACCAUUAGAUAGAGAAUACUCUUUACUGUGACUUGCUUAUGAGAACAGCUAUUGAAAAUUAUAUUUUAUUGUAAUUGUACAAAAAGAUAUUUUUCAACUUACCUGUAUGUCUCCAGAAAUGGCUGCAAAAAAGUAAUAUGAUCAUCUCAGGCUUUAUCUCAUACACACAUUUUACUACAUCUUUAUUUAAUAAAUGGUUUAAACAAUCAUGAUUAUUCAUGGAAAAUAAUAUAUCAAUCUCUAGGAAUAAUGACCUCUUGAAAACAAGAUAACUGGAGUCAAACCACAAUAUUGGUCAGGGGCAACCCGGGAAUUUGCCAGGGGGGGUCCCUUGGUAGAUAAUGUUGCUGACUGGAGAGGGGGGGGGGGGUUGCCAAAUCAAUCGGUUGUCCCUCACCAGGCCAGCACACCGGGAGAAGGACCAGACUUCCCAAUGGCCACUCUGUGCCUGACGUUGGUCAGCAGCCCAUUGUUAGCAGGUGGAAGCAAAGUUCUGUUCAAAUGUAAUGAUCCUGAUCCAGUCUGAUCCAAAGUCAUUUCAGAUGACCUCAGAAAAAAAUGUUAACUGAUAAUAAAGUAAAGAGUUACUAAAGGAUUUCUAAAGACUUAGGCCUCCACAGUCUAGCAGAAAGCUUAGGAAUGACAGAGAUUCUGCAGUUUUGACUCUUCGUAGGAAUGGGCAUCCUAGAAAGGUCAGUACAAGGACAUGUCCUGGAACCCUCAAGCAAGGAGCUGCAGCAUGAUUCAUGAUUCAUAACCAUCUCUUGCACUUGAUGAGUGAACCAUAAGAAAACUACCAAACAAGAAUCGUGUCCAAAGGAAUUUGCCACAGAGGAAAUCACUACCACUUGGUUAUAUUGGCUGGAUCUGAUUAUUGGGGGGUUCAUGAGCCUCCUAACCCCUCUGGAAAUUACGCCCAUGCCUGGAUGGUCCAAAGCACUGGACCAGAUUAGAAGAACUUUCUGGUAAAGGUACUCGGCGUUAUGUUUGAACAAAACUAAACACUACAUUCCAAAACCAAAAUCUCAGAAACUGGGUCAUCUGAUAUGAAAAUGAUCAAGACCACACAGAUAAAUCAAUGAGUGGCUCAAAAAAAAAUCACUCUUUAGAAUGGACAAGUUAAAAUUCUGACCUCAAUUACAGUAAAAUCCCGACGAGUGAUCUGAAGUAGGCAGUUUAAGCAAAAAAAAAAAAAAAAAUUGAAACGCGUUUUGUACAGAAGAAUGGGCUGCAAUGCCUCCCGCGCACAGUGCAGGUCUGGGCAGCAGCGACGGAGAGCGACGUCAUUAGCAAGGACGUGCUGCUGAAUAUGCGAGUUCACAAACUAAUAUCAAUGACCUUGAUUAGUUAAAUCAUUUGCUCAUGAAAUACACGGUAAUUUAAAAUAACAGAUUAUAUAUGAUAGCUUAUACCACAUAUUAUGAGUCAUUCGUGCAGAAAUCCAGAUAAUUUGAAGACACACAAUCUGUACACAACGUUUUCUCAUAACUGCAUAUGCAAUUUCAAUCCAUCCAUCCAUCCAUCCAUUUUCCGAACCGCUUAUCUUUCUGGGUCGCCGGGGUCCGGAGCCCAUCACGGAAGCUACGGGCACGAGGCGGGGAACAACCCAGGAUUACAUAAGCCAAUUAUUAAACACCAUUAGUAUCGAAACUAUUUGCACAUUCUGAAAAAAAGGAAGCUGACAAGAUUUAAUUUCUUAUGAAAAAACGACACGAAUCAUUUCUGCACAAUGAUUAAUAUAAUUCAUUUCCAGCACGGCACAAGCGAAAGUGAGAACGUGCACCAGAAAAAAAUAAAGCUUAUACGAGGCUACCACAAAAACCAGGGCUUACUAAGACACGAAGUGCAGCUGUUUGAACAUCAAGUGCCCUGGUGUUCAAUUAACCUGUAUGCAUUUUCGCAAAAAAUAAGCGAGGAAGCAACCCGGGGCUUCGGUCGGCUGACUGGCGUGAGAUUUUCAAAUCUAGAUAAGUCUGUACAGAUAUGUACGUGUAUGUAUGAGUUUUAUUACCCUAUAAAUAAUUUGUUGGGGUUGCAGACCAUCCCAGCGCUUUCGAUGCAGCUGAUUUUAGGUUUAUAAUGGAAUAAUAUAGAUUUGCCGUAAGACUCCUUGCAUGAGAGUCUGAAGGCGUGAGUGUCACGCCAGAUGCGUGAGUGGCAGCCCUGACCCCGGUGAGGGUGACAUGCUGAGUGUGAGCCGUAAAAAGCCCCGAACUCCCAUGCCAGUAAGUAGUAGGAUGUUCCCACGGCGGGCCCUCUGCCAGGCAUAACUGCUGGCAGGAAGAGCGGCGACCUCCGAGACCUGCAGACGACUUGCUACACCGCGGCGCCGCCGGAGACACGCUCAGCCCGCGGGUAACGGGGACGCGGGGACGGCCGGAGCGCGCCGCCGGCUUCCUCUUGGCGUUAAACGCGAGCGACGGCCACACCCUCCGCCGCUUCCUGACAUAUACGAUGUAGCGGGAGCCCAGCAGCGUGACUGGGGAUCGCGGCGCUGCGGCUGUGCGAGUCUUUCUCGGCUCGGCGAUCCGGGUGAAAGUUGCCGAGGGAAGGGGGUGGUUCUGCUUUCCGAGCUGGCACCGGUUCCACGGGGUGGCCGAACCCAAGUAAUGGAUACCAAAAGCGAAAGUCUGCGGCGGUGGGCAGCAUGCUCAUGCGGAGAUAAGACAUGCACAUGGAACUGCGCCUGCAAACAGACCCAUUUCUGCUUACGGGACUGUGCAUGAAAGAGAGGAGGCUGGAAGUCAAGCGGGGACCGCCGCGUCUGAGCCGGUGGCUCUUCUUUCGGUGGAUCGAUGGGGCGAUGUUGAGGGGUAUAGCGGUGGGAAGUCGCGUCCUUAGCGGCAUGAAGCUGCGUCCCGGUGACUCUAACGGCAGGGUGGUCGAGACCCACCCCAGGCACAUCAAUACGCGGCAGUGAAGAGAAAACUGCACAGACAGGUAUUGCGAUUAGGUAGACGGGAAUCGAGAAGACCAAUAAGUUAAACGCCGAAUAUAAGUCGGAUAUACUUUCUUAAGUUAUAAAGACAGUAUUCGCAUAAACUGAGAUGGCACUGGGAUUCACAGUGAUAUCCAACAGGCCAGUGUAAUUCCUUGUAUUUAGCAAAUUUUAAUCUGUGAAUAUUUCUUUUGUGCAAACAGAUCGAUAUAUGUAAAUAUAACAUUUAGUGUUUAAUUAACCGUAGCUAAAAUGCGAUAGAUGUUGCCAUUUUAAUAUAUAGAAAAAAGAGUUGGAAACCGAACUGAAAUAUGCCGAAAGCUACUUUUCCGGUAUAGACAUUUAUCAAGAAAAAAACGGGGGAUGCUAAGGAUAAUAGACUCCCUUUUGCCGUUUAUUACCAGAGACAGUAACGGAAAACUGGCGAUUAUAGUCACCUACUGGCACUGAACGUUGAUUUCUUUUUCAGCUCUACGUUACAGCGCAGCGUAUGUACUCUGAAAGACUGCAAAGUAAAUUUCUUGGUGAACUAUUUUUUUGAGAUAGUUGAGCAAGAGUGCUGCCUUUUAGGAGCAGAAAUGUCCUAAAGUACUAGUUGUCGCGAAGGAAUGUGAGGUUUAAUUAUUAUUUUUUUUAAAUAUAAAUUUAAAAAACACAGUAAAUCAGUUUGAUCACCCUGUUAUGGCUAGUGGGGGCUCGGGGAAGCCAUGUAGCGAGGGAUCGGCGGCCAGUCCAAGCAGCAGCCUUCCACACCGGAGGCGGCUGUCCUCCAUCUGUGACAGCUGUAAGGGCCGGAUGCAGCUGGUGGCUGACCUGCUCCUGCUGUCCAGCGAGACGCGGCCGGUGACUGGUGCUGAGGGACUGCCGGUGGCUGAGACGUUCGAGCAGUGCCGGGACACCGUCAUCGCCAGGACCAAAGAGCUGUCCAUCUUGACGCACGACAUCCAGAGCCAUCUCAACAUGGGCCGCUUCGUGGAGGCGGGCGACCGGCUGCUGGAGAUGGCAGACCUGGUGGUCUCUCUGACCGAGUGGUCUGCGCACGCUGCGUACCUGGCCGCCACUGAGGCGCCGGGCUCCCUCGCCGCCCUCCAGGGCCUGGUGGAUCGCUACAAGGUGACGCGGUGCCGGCAGGAGGUGGAGCAGAGCUGCGGCGCGCUCAGGACCGCCGCCCUGGCUGACCUGACCCCGCAGCUCCUCCUGGAGGUCUCCCAGAGCAUCUCCAGGAACCUGAAGAUGCUGACCGACGCCUCAGUCCUAGCCAGUGAGAGGUCCAAGGAGCGCUUCGCCAAGGAGCAAUUCAAGCUGGGCGUGAAGAGCAUGAGUACCAGCGCUUCGGCCUUGCUGGCCUGCGUCCGGGAGCUGAAGGGCAGCCCCAGCGAGACGGCACGGGCGCGCUGCGUCCUCUUCAGUGGGCCGCUGCUGCAGGCCGUCCACGCCCUGGUGGGCUUCGCCACCGAGCCCCAGUUCCUGGGCAAGGCAGCCUCCGUCAGCGCUGAGGGGAAGGCAGUGCAGACGGCCAUCCUGGGGGGCGCCAUGAGCGUGGUCGCCGCCUGCGUCCCCCUCACCCAGGGUCUCAAGGAGCUGGCCCAGCUGCCGGAGAACAGCGGCAAGACGGCAGAGUGCCGGGAGCGUCUGCGCAGCUCUGCCUGCGCGGUGUGCGAAGGCUGCACCCUGCUCUCGCAGGCUUUGCGUGAGCGCGUGUCCCCCAGGACCUUGCCGUCAGUUAACUCUCAUCCUGUGAAUUAAACCUUGUGCAAAUGGAGGUGUCUCACCCCUGACGGUGAGAGUGACUGCCAGAAAGUCUGGUGGGGGGGGGGGGGCUCCCAGUUUUAGGAUUCGGAAGGGGCUGCCCUCACACUGCAUACAACUGAAGCUUCUCCAGACCCGAGAUCUGGGUUACGCCACCCUCCUCGUCACGUUUGAGGUCAGUUGGGACCAGGAACGUUUACCUCAGUCUUCUGCCAUUUUAAAGAUGACAGACUCCUGGAGCGCGUCCAACGCUCUCCGGAAGGACGGCUUGUCCGUGUCCUUGUGUAAGUUCGGAAGGAUUAAAGCUGCUGUGAUUUCAUUCUCUGAAUCGUUACACUAUUUACCAGACUUACACAUAUUUGUAAUGUGUUUUGGUCAUGCAUGUAUGGGCUAUUUAUUUGUACUAUUAAAACAUUGGUCUCUGUUGAAUGCUA